CACAGGAAGGGCAGCAGCAACAGGGCUCAGGGAAGGAGACCGAGGACCAACGGGGGAGACAUCAGAACCCAGGGAUGGUGGAGGGUCAGGCCCCCGAGAGCCACCAGGACCCAGAGUGGCGGCCUCCCCCAGGUCACCAGGCAGCUAAUGGGGAAGACAUAGUACAGCCGGUGAAGGCUUCCUGCACCUCGGACAGCCGUGGGCAGCAACUGGGAGACAAGCCCGCCGAGGAGGUGGACACCCCAUGUAUCAGGCCACAGGGGGCUCUGCCAGAGCCUGGCCCAGGGGGACAUGAGGACAGUUCUCAGGGGGCAGGGCCCCGAAUGCCCCUGGCAACUCUGGAGGAAAAGACGGCCAACUCCUUCCCACCAUCCACGCCAGGACCUGACCCCCCAAAAGGAGGGGUCGAGGGGGUGGAGACCCAGCCAACACCAGGGCCUGUUCCUCCACCAGAGAUGAGGGACACUGGAGACAGGAGGGACCUGGAUCCCGCGCAGAAGCAGCCUCAGGCGCCCACGGUGGCCGCAGGGGCCCAGAACCUCGGGAACCUUCGGCAAGGCUUCAUGAAGUGCUUGCUGGAGGUGGAAGAGGUGGAGGCCACACAUCGGAGGGCGACGGCCAAGGCCCGGGCCCUGCCAAACCGGAAGUCCCCCAGGACCCUGACCCCUGUGCCCAGCUCAGCCCCCAGCCUGCUUCUGACCCUGCCUCAGACCCCCGCGCCGGCCCCUGUGAUGGCCCCAUCCUGGGCCCGGUUGCCAGCCCCCGGGUCAAUCCCCGCCCCUGGGGGCACCCCAGUCCCAGGGCCCGUGGUGGCCCUGCUGCCCCCCACCCUGGACGCGGGCUGGAGAAGGACAGAACUCCUGCACCCGAGCGGAGACAGGAGCCUGAGCAGCUCCAAGGCACGGCAGGAGCUGGAGGAGCGCGGCCUCCUCAGGCUGUCUCAGACCCGGGAGGAGAGGUCGGAGGAGCACCUCACCCUGAAGCAGGAGGAAGCCUUCCGCAGCUACUUUGAGGUCUUCAAUGGCCAUGGCGAGGUGGACGCCCAGAGCCUGGAGAACAUCCUGUUGCUUGUGGGCAUCUCCCUGACACCGGCCCAGGUAGAGGACGCCCUGAUGAGUGCUGAUGUCGAUGGAGAUGGCCGUGUAGGCUUCAAGGACUUCUUGGCUGUGAUGACAGACAGCGGGCGUUUCUUCUCCUCCGUGGAACAGAGCGCCCUGACGGACACGGCUCCCCCCAACCCCCACACUCUGCUCUUUGAGAUCCUGUCCCUGAUGGUGGAGAUGCUGGCCCUACCCGAGGCAGCCUUAGAGGAGAUCACCGACUAUUACCAGAAGAAGCUGAAGGAAGGCACCUGUAAGGCCCGAGAGAUGCAGUCGGCCAUAGGCCGGCUGCGGUCCCGGAAGAAGCUUCCCUGCAACCCCCAGCAAGCAGACACCUUGGAAGUCCCGGAACGAAGGGUCCUCAGGAUCCUGAGCCGGCUGAAGCAGCAGAACUACGCUGCCAAUCUGCAGAGCCCCUACGCCCAGGUGCCCUGCAUCCCGCUCUAUCCGCGGCUGGACAAGAAGAUGGCCCGACGGAAGCAGGGCAGCCACUACGUGCUAGAUCAGUGUACCCCCACCAGCCUGGGCCCCGACAUCCGUAGCCUUUUCUUCCAGUCAGGAUCUCAAGGAAGCAGGGAACACAACUCAGAGAGCCGCAAGUGGCUCAGCUCUGUGCCAGCUCGAACCCACUGACCUACGGAGUCUACUCGGGGCAGCUGCUGUCCAAGGCCUGCAGAUGGACAGGUCGUCAGGCAGGUACUGCUGCUGAGUUUUGCUUUUGUGGCCUGGUAAGCCAAUAAACACCGAGAACCUCG